GUGGGAGGAGCUGCCAUUUUGCAUUCUUGCCUCACAUUGUCUCACGUUGAGCGCAUUUGUUGCGAUUGUUGCUGCCUUUCCUCAAAAAAAAAUUGGGAAUUACCGUUCAUAAAAUCGUAAGAUUGAAGAAUGUCGCGUUACCGCGAGUGGGACCUCUCCUGCAAGGUUUAUGUGGGCGAUUUGGGGAGCAGUGCCAGUAAACACGAGAUUGAGAAUGUGUUCAGUAAAUAUGGACCUCUGAGGAAUGUUUGGGUGGCCAGAAACCCACCGGGUUUCGCAUUUGUCGAGUUUGAAGACCCCAGAGAUGCCGAGGAUGCCGUCAGAGGGCUGCACGGAACACGUUGCUGUGGAACACGUGUGAGAGUUGAGAUGUCCUCUGGUCGCAGUCGUCGAGGUGGUGGACGUCGUGGAGGUCCUAGGUACUCCAGGUCUCGGUCGCGUAGCCCACGAAGAAAAUCAAUUGGUCGAUAUCCCAGAUCCUUAUCAAAGAGUCCAAAGAGAUCUCCAGUGAACCGCUACUCCAGGUCACGUUCCCGUAGCCCACGCAGGAGGUCCCUGACCCGCAGCCGGAGCCGAGAUCGUCGCUCACGCUCCGACUCACGGGACAGACGGUACAGAUAUAUUAAAACUCUAGAUUUGCACCGAGUCACAAUGUCACGCUAUCGUGAGUGGGAUUUGUCCUGCAAAGUUUACGUCGGUAAUCUUGGAAGUAGUGCGAGUAAACACGAGAUUGAGAAUGCAUUCAGUCAGUAUGGGCCACUGAGGAAUGUUUGGGUUGCCAGGAAUCCACCGGGUUUCGCAUUCGUGGAGUUUGAGGAUCCCAGGGAUGCCGAGGACGCUGUUAGAGGACUCCAUGGAAAACGUUGCUGUGGUACGCGAGUGAGAGUGGAAAUGUCCUCAGGUCGUAGUCGUCGCGGCGGUGGUGGACGUCGUCCCGGUCCCAGAUACUCAAGGUCCAGGUCUCGAAGUCCCCGUAGGAGAUCAGUGGGUCGAUACUCCAGGUCAACAUCGAGAAGUCCCAGGCGCUCGCCUCGCGACCGCUACUCCAGGUCUCGUUCUCGCAGUCCACGCAGAAGAUCCCUGACUCGCAGCCGCAGCCGAGACCGUCGCUCUCGCUCUGACUCACGUGAUAGACGGUACAGAUAAUUCUCAAAAAAAAUCACCAAAAAAAGAAUGCCCUCGAAAUUCCUUAGCCGAAUUAACGAUUAAUCGAACGAUUCAAUUAACUCUGUAUUUCUUAAAAAUUAAUUGCAGUUAAGUGACAACAAAGAAGAUGAUCUCGAUGAAUUCUAGGAGGAGUUAACAUCUGAUUAAUAUUGAUUUAUUUGUAUAUAAACUGCUGUCACCUUGUUCAAAAAAAAGAGAGAAAAGAACAAAAUUGAUUGAAUUCAAGAAGAGAUAAUGAGAAUGAUGUUCGCUUCAGACUAGCUUUUGUCAUUAACACGCGAUAAAUUUGUAAAUUAGUCGUUCCACUCGUGUGAGUUUAAUCGUGCAUCACUUGACUUCAGUUAACAGCUUAUCUGUGGUAUUGAGAGCGAACAAAUUCGAUGACAUAUAUGAAUCAUUUUACAUGAGCUUAAUACGAUUGAUGAGAUAAAUGUAAUUUGUACCGGUGAGAGAUUCAUUGAUCAUUUGAUUCAGCAAUGUUCAACCAAUUGAUGAUUAAUUUUGGUUGAAGUUUGAGGAGAAUUCAGGAGGCAAAUCACGUUGAGUUACAUGAAACACUAUUGUUUUACGUUCUAUUAAUUAUUUUGUACUUUUUAUCGAUUUAAGAUUGGAAAUAAAUCUGUAACGCAUA